GACAACUGUAUUUUAGUCAGUGUGUUUUGUUUACGUUUUGCAGAGAAGGGCACUCCUCCGAUUAAGUCCGGUCGUGUGCUGGAUCUGUACUGCGAAGGUUGACAUGCUGCGUCAAUGCUGCUCCUCUCUAUUUCAGUGAAUUGCUCCUUCAAAUUGUACUGAGUGGUCUUUUGGGCCCCCGAUUCCCGAAACGUAUCAAGCACCGCCUCAAGAGUCUCACUCAAUAACUGGCCGUUGUUACUGUUGCUUCGUCAGUGAUUUGUUGGCAGCGCGAGCGGACGUUGCUCAGGACACUUCUCUGCAGAAAUAAUUAUUUUUGUUCAGUUCAAGGAUUCUGUGUGCGCGAUCUGCUUCCUUGGAACGGGUGCACGAUGCUCGCGGCGGCACUAGCUGCCAGUGCAGUGGUGUGCGUGACUGUGUUCACUGUGUUCUUGUGCCUAUCUCGUCGCCGCCGCCGCACAAAGUUUCGAGGUCGCCAGCGCUUGACAACGAUCCACCGGUCUCCCUCCGUAAAAGCUUUCGAUGGAGCGAACGAGCCCGACAAUGUCCAAAGACGACCGGUGCUGGGCGUCGAGCAGGAGUUUUCACGUGACGCGCUCUGCUUUCUGAAAACAAUUGGCGAGGGUGACUUCACGAAAUUAAUGAAGGGUGAGGCGUCAGGCCUGUUGCACAGCGACAGUGUAUCCACAGUGCUAAUCAAAACCCUGGCCAGCACAUCGCCUAAGGCAGCACGCCGCAAGUUCCUCGCGGAAAUAUCUGUACUAUCACGACUUGAGCAUGCCAAUAUUCUACCACUACUGGCCGUCUGCAGUGAGAUUGAUCCACCAUGUAUGAUAUUCGAUUAUAGUGAAAUUGAAGAUCUGAAGAGCUACCUGCUGGCGGCGAAUCAGGUUGGGACGAGCGGUGGUGACGACUCCAUGUUUUCUAUGCUGCGCACGCCUGACCUUUCGGGCAUACUGCUUGACAUCGUGAUGGCGGUGGACUACCUGCAGUCACGGAACAUAUGCCAUACGGACAUCUCAACACGCCAUUGCCAGGUGAGGAGUGGAGGUCAAGUGAGAUUAGCUCCGUUUCAGUUCAUUGUGCCGUCAAAGUACACGGAUGACUACUGCGUUGUCGGGGACUAUGAGGUCGAGGAUGGUUUCCGCGGCGCUCGCACGUUACCUGUUCGGUGGAUGGCUCCGGAAUCACUGGAGCAGGGUGUGUUUCACUUGAAGUCGGACAUCUGGGCAUUGGGCGUUACUGCCUGGGAGAUAUUCUCCUUCGGUGCCACGCCGUACCGGGGAUUCUCGACCGACGAAGUCAUCGAUCAAGUACCGUCUGGUCAGCUGGUCCUCUCCACGCCGCCGCAGUGCCCCAUUCAGUUGUGGAAGGUUAUCCGAGCGUGCCUCGCCUACGAGCCGUCCAAGCGCAUCCCGGCCAGCACUCUCUUGCGCCAGGUCAAGCAGCUGCACGCAAACAUCUCCCGCUCCAAUGUCAUCCUUGAUCUUGGCGCUGUGGAUGGUGAUAUUGGAGAUGGGCUCUUGAUAUCGCCGGUGGAAUAACAAUUGAGGUUUUCUCUAACUCACCGGACUCCCAGCUCCGUGUGAUUGAGUGGUUGCCGUAUUUUGGAAUGUAGACAAUACUACUAGACAUGUGUCUGAUCCUCAAGAACAAGAAUUCUUUUUUUAAGUCCACUUUUUUAUACCAAUCGGCCCACUGCAUGCAUGGCCCAUGUUGGUCAAGUUACUAUACCAGUCUAUGUUCUGGAGUCUCACGUAUCCAGUUUGUCGUGGCACAGCAUCCUGGUUUUCCACGAGGCACACCAUUUCCACGGAUGGUGCCCUUGUUGUCGUGGGCAACACUGCUAUCUUCUAUUUCCUUAUUUCUCCUAUUUAAUAUUUGUAGUCGAGAGUAGAAACGUUUACGCAAACGCAACAUGGUUUUAUCAUUCCAUUCAUGCAAACUAUUUUGCAAGUACUCCUCCCUGCUGAACCGUUCGUGUGCCCUCCCACUUAACCAGCUAUUACGUUGCCCUUCUUUCCAUUGCAUUAUCCUUCAGCUCUGUUUAUUGACUAGUAAUAAUAGUAUCCUCUUGCUGCGAUGUGCUGUAGUAAUUUAGGUUGUGACUUUCUGCUUUACGCCAAUACCCACAUUGAGUUAGCACCGCAGCCCGCUGGCUUUCACUCCAUAGUAGUUGACCAUGCAUGCAGGCAAUGUACGUGGACCGUACACGUGCUGUAUAUGUGCCGCAUAUGCACUCAUAGUGCGCUGAUACACUUUUGUCUCAACUUGAUUCACACCGCUGUAUAGAUCAUGUCUUGCCGUGAACUGUUA